CUCAGUUCUUACUAUGCAAAGUAUGCAUAUAUGUAGGUAAAAGUUUUUUCUCUUUUCUGCCCCUUUCUCUCUCUUCCCACAAAGAAACUCACAAACACCAUUUUUCCGAUUUAACCCUUCUUCUUCUCCAUCCCCAGAAGUUAAAAGAACCAGAAUGUUUGUGUUUUGUGUGUUUGGGAAUUGAAUUGGGUAGGUCCUGUUUGGUCUCUGCUAGGAAUUAAUGGACACAGAAAUUGAAGAACAAGAAAAUGAGGAAGAAGAAGAAGAAGGGCAAAUUAUUGUGGAGACUUGUUUUUCCUCUUCUUCAUAUCAUUCAACAAGAAGGGGUAGCUUUGGAAAACCCUCUUGGCUUCUCUGCUCUAUUGCAGAUUUGGAUGAGAGGAUGAAGGUGAUGGGGUUGAACUUGUUGGAAGAAGGGAACGAUGACAGCGCGCACGACAGCUUCGCAAAACGCGCGGACUCGUACUACCAGCAACGCCCUCAGCUCCUGGCGUUGCUCCAAGACUUGUACAACAGCUACCUGUCUUUGGCGGACCGUUACUGCCACUCGCUGGCGGCAAAGGCCCGCCAUCCCUCUCCCCUGCCGUUCGCAGACGAGGAUCUUGAACGGAGGGAAGAGGAGAAUGGCGUCAUCGAUUCGUCCGAUGACGCCGAGAGCUCCCUGUCUUACCAACCGCCCCAGGUGAAAGCGGGCGACCCCCACAUGAUGGUCGCCGAGUUUGUGAUGAGAGCGGUGGAGUCCGACAUCAUACUCCACGAGCUCGAGCUGGCCGAGAGGCGCGGGGUGGAGUCCUCGAGGAAGAUGGAGCUGCAGAGGAGCCUGGUGGACGUGCUCGAAUCAGAGAGGUUGAUUCUACUGAACGAGAACGCCAGGCUCGGGUACCAAGUCUCUGGGCUGGUGGAGGAGAACAAGGGGUUGGCGUCGGAGUCGGCCUUCAUGAAGAGGAAGGCGGCGGAGCUGGCGAGAUGCCUGCUGAAGAUGAGGGAGGACCACCGGGUUUUCGUGCUGAGCCGCAAGCUGGAGGAUCUGCAGGGCCAGAUCCACGGGCUCGAGAGGCGGAACCGGGAAUAUUACGCGCAGCUCGUGAAGCACAGAGACGGAGCCGAGAAGACGAAGACGAAGAAGAAGAGACUCAAAGGGUGUUGCUUCCAAGUGCAUUGUGAUGGGGAUGGUGUCAUGAACAGGAAGAUGGUGGUUCAGCAUGGGGGUUGUGGUGGCAGUGGCUUGGGCUUGUGGGAAAGGUUCACCAAGAUGUUUGACUUUGACCUGUUUAAUUGUGGGCCCCAUUCCAAUCCAUGAAACUGCUAGUUUAAGAGAGAGAGAGAGAGGGGGGGGGGGGGUGUAGAUGAUAACAAAAACAUAUCACCCAAAGUCAUAAUUUGAUCUUAUGUAGUGGGGAAAAUGGGGUUUUGACCUUUUUUUUGGGGUACACUAAUGGCCUACAAUUGCUUACCCCCAAAGAAUCUCUAAUUGAAAGACAAUAUGAUGCACUUGAACGGUUUAAAUAACACUGGUGUCACGAA